ACAGCCCUUGGAGAUUAGCACUGGCGGCAGGUUCUGGGAAGACUUCCAACUGAAGAUAACAGGACCGUUUGGAAAUGAGAAAUCUCUGUUACUUUUCUCUUUAUCCUCCCCCGCUGCACAUUGUCACCGUGCAGAUAUAUUUAUACCCUUCUGCUUGCCAACUGAUGGUGACAUGUAUUGUCCAGAAGGAGGGAAAUGCCACGUAUGAGCUGGCCCCAACUGUUCAGUCGAGCUCUGCUGUCCAUGUGGUUCAAUGGUCCUCUCCCUUCUGCUGCUGCUCAGAACUGAAGAUCCUGGUGCCGCUGUGCCCUGCGGAAGGAGCAAGGCUCUGCAUGGGGACGAGUGACCCCUUUGCAGCUGGGUGCUGAAGGAACCGGAGCAUUUGAUGAAUUGACACAUUUACCAUGGGAAAGCACAUCUGGCGCCAGAGCCUGCCACUCUGCAUUGCUGCCAUUUUCUUCUCUGCAGGAGGGGAAGGAAGAGCAGAAUUUCCUGGCAACCUGAGCUGUGUGAAUAACUACAUCAAACAGGUAGAUUGUGUGUGGGAGCCAGAGAAGAGUGUGGGGGACGGACCCUUCCAGGUGCAUUUCACAAGCUUAGUCGGGGACGAGAACUCCAGCUGCACGCUCGCUGCCCGAGACCAGCUGCAGAGCCAACUGCACUGCACCAUGAACAGGACAGACCAGUUAACGGAGUACGAGAGCUUCCGAGUCUCGCUGCAUGGCAGUUUCUCGGGGGGGGACCGUGCGUACGUUGCGUUCCCGGAAUACAAAGCCAAGCUGAACAUUAAGUGCGACCCUCCCUUCAACCUGCAGAGCAACUUGAGUGCCAGUCUGUGUCGGUUCCAGUGGAGUGUACCAGAGAGGCUACAGAAAAUGCUUCAGUUUGAAUUGUCGUAUAAGAAACACGGCGCCUCCUGGGAGCAGGCCCAGCACAAACAGCUGCUCAGCUCAGCGACAGAGGUAGAUAUCGAAGCUAUAGAGUUUGAAGCAGGCAUCAAUUAUACUGCAAGAAUUCGCUGCAAAACUUCCCAAGAGAAGAAUACUUAUAAAAGCCAGUGGAGUGAGUGGAGCCAGACAACUGAAUUUCGAAGAGAAGGUUUCCGGGAGCCUAGACCGUCCUUUGGCACAAGCAUGAUACACAUGAUGUUCAUUCCCGUAUGCCUCGUUGUCAUUCUCUACAUCAUUCUGAACGCCAGGCUUUCCUCGAGGGCAAAGAACUUCUUCGGUCUGAAGGUUCCCACCCCAGCUGCUUUCUUCCAGCCUCUCUACACUUUGCACAAUGGGAAUUUUAAGGACUGGGUGGGACGGAACGAGGCGCACGGCCAGCUCACAAGAGACGAGGCUGCCAACCUGAGCAAAACGCCUGUGGAUGGAGUCCUUGGUCUGGGAGCUCAGGACGUCAUUUCCCUGCUCUCCUUCAAGACACUGGCAAAGAGCAAAGUGACGCCUCAGGAGGAGCUUUGUGGCCCUGCCCCCGGGCCCGAGCAGCACGAGCCCCGGAGCAGGUAUGUGCACGUGGAAGAUGUGGCGGCCAGGCUGCCAUCUUUGUUCCUACAGAGCCACUCGGAUGAGGCAGGUGCAAGAAGCGAGACCAACUGUGGCAGCCCAGAUGUGAGUGCGACUCAUCUCCCGUAUUUACGGGGCGGGGAGGGUGGCUUCCUGCCACAGGAGGCUCUGGAGCUGGAAAGUUUGUCCUUCUGCAGCAAUGACUAUUGCACCUUGUGUGGCCGCGACUCCACGGGUCGCCCCAUUCCCGCUGAAAUUGUUACGUUAUUGACUCAUAUUGAACUUGUGGUUCAUUCUGACCCCCAGAACCCUUUCCACAUUAUUUCUUCCUAUGCAGUCAUUUCCUAUUUUGUGUAUGUGUAA